CGAGGCAUACAGGGACAUAGCGAGAUGGUUGACUGAAUCGUGGUCGAUCUAGGCAUGGCUAGGUGCCCUGAUAUUUCUUGACUAACGGCGAGAUUCAUCACCGUACAGAGAAUAUCGUCUCAAGAUCCCAAGAAUGGAGAUCCUUGCAUCUACAAAAGACAAAAAAAACCCCACCCGCUCUCAAGCGUAAACAAGCUCCUGUCAGCUGAUCGAUGACGUUAGCCGUGUUUUAAAGUUGUGUUUCUUUUGUAAAAAAAAGUAAACAAACGUUACGCUGCGGUUCCACUGUCAGUCAUUCACCAUUCCAUCAGCUGUGUUCGUCGUUAAACCGUGCGGAAAUAAAAUGAUCCGGAAGUUUGCGAAAUAUUGGCGCGAUUCGGCAUCUCUGCUCGUAGUGGCCAGAGACCGCCCGACGGUACAUCGGGAGAAGUAUAAUUACAAGGUGCUCGUGUUCAAACGCACCGCCAAGACGUCCUUCAUGCCUAACAGUGUAGUUUUCCCUGGCGGUGGUUUCGACAAACAGGAUGGCUCACUGGGAUGGGAAGCUUUCUUUCGCGAUAGAAAUGUAUCUGCAGGUGAGCUUAAGAAGCUGACCGAAGUAGACGGGCCGAGGCCACCCAUAUUUCACACGGAGAGUACGGAUUGGCUCGACCGUAACGUAUCGCUACGGCUGUGCGCAUUACGUGAAGCCUUUGAGGAGCUCGGUGUUCUGCUCGUCUCGGAUGAGCAGAAGCAGAAACGAGAUCCUCUGUAUAGCAAUUGUCUGCACUCGUUUGAUGUAAGCACGUGGCAGCAAAGGAUACACGAUGGAGAAGCCACCUUCCAGGAACUGCAUACCGCGCUCGGCACUGUGCCCGAUCUAUUCAACCUAUACGAGUGGUCAUGCUGGCUAACUCCUGCUAUGUUCCGCAAACGACGCUUCGAGACGGCAUUCUUUUUAGCAGUGCUGAAUGAAAUACCAAACAUACACCCGGAGCCGCACGAAGUACAGGAAUAUUAUUGGGAAACGCCGGCCGCUUUGUUGGAGGCACAUCGUGCUGAAAAAAUAUGGUUAGCACCACCACAGACGUACGAGCUGACGAGGCUCAGUUUCAUUUACGAUAUUGACGAGUUGGCACGCUUUGCGACGAAACGAAACCGGAAAGGCUCAACUUUGCUCUGUCCGGUGCAAUAUAAUGCUGCAGAUGGAGUGAUAUUCGUGUUGCCUGGGGACGAUUUGUAUCCAACCGGGUACGAUUACAUCUCCGAUAAUCACGAUCUGGACAAGUACGGUGAGGUGCCACAGGAAGUGAUACGAAAGCAGUCCACAAGACUGCACCGUGUAGAGCACAAGGAUUUGCAUCACCAAGCAUUCUUCCUCAAUCACCAACCGCUAGAUGAUCACCUACACAUACAGGGACAAAAUGUUAUUCCAAAAGAAUGUUAAAUAUUUAAUAGACAAAAUAUGUUAGCUGGGAUAAGAAAGGGAACUACACCUAGAUUUGGAUGAAAAAUACCCAAUAACCAUCCC